UCUUGAGCACCACAAUUCUCUCUUUUCUCUCCUUCCUUUCCCCGAAAGCAAACCCAUUGCUUCAGAGGAGGAGAGGGCUGGUCAAAAAUGUGCUCCACAAUGUGCAUUCAAACCCCUACUUUCAGUCCCUCAACCACUCACUGCUUCUUCAGACAGCCAAUCUCUUCCCCCUUCCUUUCUUCUUCCAGAAAAUUAUAUAAUGUUUUGAGAUUGAAUGGAGGUGUGAACGUGCAAUUCUCGAAUGGAAAGAAACGGGGAGCGAUAUUUUCAGCUUCUGUGGGGCAGAACUCGAGCAAUGACACUGAGGGGAAGAGAAAAGUUGUGGAACACAUAUGUCUGCUCAAAGCAAAGGAGAAUCUGUCUGAAGAGGAAGAGAAGGAUAUGCUGGAUUAUCUUUACACAACCCAAUACCAAAUGCGUGGCAUUAUUGCAAUCACAUUAGGACGUAUCUCUGAUCAAAACAUUGAAAACUAUACCCAUGCUGUCUACAUGCGUUUUCAAAGAAAGGAAGACCUUGGAAAGUUCUAUGAAAACCCUUUCUACUUGGGAGUUCUCAGAGAGCAUGUAAUGCCUUACUGCCAUGGCCUAAUUCAUGUGGAUUUUGAGUCUGAAGUAGAAGAUGAUAUCCUCCCCAUAUUCCGGAAAGGAGAGGAAUUCAACUAUGGUGUGGAGUUCAUACUCCUAAUUUCAUUUGUUGAGAGCAAAUUUGGAGGGCCUGCAGAAGACGCUUUGGCUUCUCUUGCAGAGCUGAUUUUGGAGUUUCCAUCCUUGAUUGUGCAAUCUACUCAAGGUUUGAAUUUUUGUCCCAGCAGCAAGGAAUAUACACAUGGUGUAGUGACACGCUUCCGGUCAAUUGAAGCCUUGGAGUUAUUCAUGGGCAGCACAGAAUACAAAGAUAUAUGGAGGUCUAAAUUCCAGAUGAUCAUCCAGAAAACACUUCCCAUUCAUUUUUCUGUUGAUCCGGUGGGUACUGAGAUUAUGUAGCAAGGAUCCAUUGCUACCAAGGGUUCUAAAAGGGAAGACUCCUACACACUUCAUUCUGCACUUCAGGGGCAAAUGCUUGGGAGCUGGUGCAGAUGAAUGCGUUGAAAACCUGGGCUCGAAUUCAGCUUUAGAUGCCUGCUGAGCUUCUUCACUAGCUUGGCGGAUGUGGCGGCAACUGGAGAGCUGGCUGAUGGCAAGCAUGAUUAUGAAGAUCAGUAAUGGAAACCUGAGUUUUUGUAUUCCCAUGGCCUUAAUCAUGUGAUGAAGUUCAGCAGAGGAAAGAUGCGAUAAUAGAGGCAGAGGAGGCAGCUUGAAUUGAGUUUGGUCACUAAUGUAGGCAGGUGUGAAGUCUUUUAAUAUGAGAUCAGGCAGCAACCUUAGGCCAAGAUGGAGCCAAAAAACUCACAAUUAAUUCUCUUGAAAUGUCAGGACUGCCCAUUUCUUUUCAAAGAAUUUGCAGUCAUAUCCUCACUUACCCAAAAUACCCCAACUGCCCUAGCAACAUCUUUUGGUACUCUUAAAGCUUCAUUCUUAGGCAUGCUACUCAUAUCUGCAGUUGUUCUGACAGACUCUUAUCUGUUUUGCAGGUCACUAUACAAGCACCAUGCUCAUCAAAUGAUCCAAAAACCUUUGCAGGUCGUUUCCUUUAAUGCAUAUGGACACUGAUACAUUGUUCCACACAUCCUAUACUAAACCUGGGACUUAUAUUUGAGGCCAAUAUGGUCCUUUGUGGAGUUCCAAUAUGAAUUGCCCUUGGAUGAAGGGCUUUGUGCCCUUGUGAUUGUGGGCGUUGACUCUCUGUUAUUGGAUCUUGCCUUUGCCCAUUUGGGGUUGUUGAUAAACUAACGUGCUAUAAUUAUUGGAAGAGACUUGAGGUA